AUGUGCAGCAGCCACAUGCAGAUACAAGGAUAUUAUAUAACCGCUCAAAGACGUGACCCAAAAGAAGUUCAGCUACUCGCUCGAUAUCCCGAGGAGAAUGUAAACAUUUCCCUGAAGAGACGACGUGACAUCUCGACCACCGCCUGGAGCUGA